AUGUCUGCAAUAAAAAACGAAGAUGGUAUAAUGGCACAGUCGAAAGACAAAGAGAAAGAACGUUGGACACAGUAUUGUAGCGGUCUAUAUAAAGAUGAAGGUGGUGGAGAUGAGAUGGUGAAGGAGCUUGAAAGCAUCUUUCCCUCAUACGAGGAAGAUCCACAAGAUAUCCUUUACACAGAAGUAGAGCAAGCAAUACAUACACUAAAAAACAAUAAAAGUCCUGGUUCAGACGGAAUCACAGCUGAAAUGAUCCAAGCUGGAGGGGAACAGCUCAUACGCCAAAUCCAUGCACUAUGUAAUAAGGCAUGGCAUCAAGGCGUGAUACCAAAAGAGUGGGGAAAAUCUAUACUAGUACCCAUUCCAAAGAAAGGAGAUCUCAGCGAGUGUUCAAACUACCGGACGAUUUCGCUCAUAAAGCACACGAGCAAAAUCCUACUGGUAAUAUUGUUGAACAGAAUUAAACACCAUCUAGAUCCAUACUUGGCUGAUGAACAAGCAGGAUUUAGAAAAGACAGAAGUACAGUUCAACAAAUCCUAACACUACGGUUACUUGCUGAAAAGACAAAAAGGCAAGGGAAAAAAUUAUACAAUUGUUUCAUCGAUUUCCAAAAGGCCUUCGAUACAAUUAAACAUAAGAUCAUUUGGGCUGUGUUAAAAUCAUAUGGAAUCGGAAGCAAAAUGAUAACAGUGCUGCAAAACAUAUAUGAACAGGCACAAUCAGCAGUUCGAAUAGAUAAAGAAACUGGAGAAUGGCUUCAAACGAGUGUGGGAACCAGGCAAGGAGACCCGUUGUCACCACUACUGUUCAUCACACACCUCGAAAGAGUUAUGGACAAAGCGAUGCAAAUGGAUAGUGGAAUAAAUAUCAGCGGCACACUAGUGAACAAUCUCCGCUUUGCGGAUGACAUUGACAUCAUUCAAGAAGACUGUGACAUGCUUCUCGAACAAAUAGAACGUUUACGAGCAGCAGCUGGACAAGCAGGUCUAGCUAUGAACACAGAAAAGACCAAAACACUCGUAUUCGGCGAUCGAAAUAUCGAGAAGCAGAUGCACAUAGCAGGAAAUCAAAUCGAAAAUGUGGAGCAGUUCGAAUAUCUUGGUAGCCUACUCACGCGGGAUAACAACUUUACCGAAGAAAUCAAAAGAAGAAUAGGCAAAGCAAUCGGAGCGAUGUUCGCGCUAAAACACAUAUGGAACAGCAGAAAAAUAACCAUAAAGAGCAAAAUAAAAGUUUUAACUACAUGUGUUUUCAGUGUACUGUUAUACGCCUCAGAGACAUGGACAUUGAAAGAAGCCGACAAAAAGAAACUGCUCGCAUUUGAGAUGAAAUGCUACAGACGAAUACUUCGAAUCUGCUGGCACGACAUGAUAAAAAAACACCGACGUGAGAAAACAGACUGAGAGACAGGAAAACAUCAUUGACAACAUCAAGAGAAGAAAGUUGCGGUUGUUCGGCCACAUCUGUCGAAUGGAUGAUGAUAGGCUGAUAAAACACACCGUAUUCUCUCGAAUCAAUGGUAAAUCAAAAAGAGGACGUCCAUGUAGAGAAUGACUGGACGAUAUCAUAGAAUGGUGUGGACGCAGUGGACAGGACCUGUUCCACCUGGCACAGGAUCGGAGACAAUGGAAAAACAUUAUCCGAUCAGUGGUUGGCCCCAACGGGCACUAAGCCCACGGGACAUCGUGAAUCGUGAAUAGAGAUGGCGUGUUAGGUAAGUCUGAUUUUCAAUAAUUAUAAAUUUUCGCUAAUUUGUUUAUUUUAGAUUGUUUCAAGUAAAAGAAUAGUGAAGUAAGUUUGACCUUAUAAAAUGAUUAUAUUAAUUCGUUUCUGUAUUUUAGGUUGUUCCAGUUAUGGAUAUCAGAGGUUGAGUUGGCUCUAACCGUCUGUGCCGUCCGGGAGUGUGCACACUAUUCGAGUAUUUCUCAAAACCCGAGUACCGUAUACAUCAAAUGAAUCAAAAGUAAGAUGAAAUGGUCUAUAGAGUAAUUUUCUGCAUUCAAGGAAAAUCAUUCUAUAGACUAUUUCAUCUUACUUUUGAUUCAUUUGAUGUAUACCGUACUCGGGUUUUGAGAAAUACUCGAAUAGUGUGCACACCGCGGGCGGCAGCAGAGGGUUAAAUGAAAUUUUUAACGGAACAUUUGUUGGGUACGAAACCUUUAUUUUGAAUGAUUUUUAAAAGGUUUUGUACGAAACCAUUGCUACGAAACCUUUUUUUAUAGGUUGCGAAAUGGUUCGGUGCUACACCCGUGUUUUCCGGAACCUCCAAAGGAUCUUCCCAUGUGCUCGGCGGAAGAUCCUUUAUAAGUUUCGUAGGAUACCUUUUUUUUUAGAGUGUAGUACGAGAUCAAGACGGCAAAUGCUACAGUCACAGGACGAAAUAACCAAACGAUGGACGACGUACUGUGAUAGUCUAUACAAGGAUCACGGGGAUGGAGAUAAUUUAGUAAGAAGCUUGAAUAACAUCACACCUGCGAACACCAAGGAGCCACAAGAAAUCCUAUACUCCGAAGUAAAAGAAGCGAUACGCUCACUGAAAAAGAAAAAAGUGCAGGACCAGACGGAAUCACAGUAGAAAUGCUACAAGCAGGAGGAGACCAGCUAAAACGUGAAAUUCACAAGUUAUGCAAUAAAGUAUGGCAAGAGGGUACUAUUCCAGACGAAUGGGGCAAAUCCAUCCUAGUACCAAUAUCGAAGAAGGGAGAUCUAAGCGAAUGUGCAAACUACUGGACGAUCUCUCUAAUAAAGCACACGGGAAAAGUACUGCUAGUCAUGCUAUUCAACAGGUUAAAGCAACAACUAGAACCCCACCUCUCUGAAGAACAAGCAGGAAUCAGAAAAGAUAGAAGCACAAUACACCGAAUCCAGACACUUAGGUUAAUAGUAGAAAAAGCGAAACGAAAAGGAAAGAAGAUACACUGUAAAAAAAGAAGGUUUUCCACGGAACUAAAAAAGGAUCUGACCGUGUGACCGCGCUCAGAUCCUUUUUAGGUUUCGUAGAAAAAAGGUUCCGUAUGGAACUUCUUCUUGGUAAAUGGAAAAAAAUUGUUUCGUACACAUGGUUCAGUACGAAACCUCUGCGAAAUUCUGCUCAAAAGGUUUCGUACACAUGGUUUCGUAUUAAACUUUCCGAAUCAUAUUCAUCCGAUGAUGGAGCCCUUGGAAGUG